CCUUUGGCGUGCAAUUCCCUGGUGUCGUCAUGCUUCAGGUUUUCUUCCGGUGUAAAAGGUCAUGUUAUCGGCAUCGAUCUGGGAACUACCAAUUCCUGCGUCUCUGUAAUGGAGGGGAAGACGCCUAAGAUUUUGGAGAAUGCAGAAGGCGCACGGACAACACCCUCUGUUGUUGCUUUUACGCCAGAGGGCGAGCGUCUAGUUGGGGCUCCGGCCAAACGGCAGGCUGUAACCAAUUCGAAAAACACGCUUUAUGCCACAAAACGCUUGAUUGGUCGCCGAUUUGAUGAUCCAGAGGUUCAAAAGGAAAAGAAAAAUGCGUCCUUUACCAUCAUUAGAGCUUCAAAUGGUGAUGCCUGGGUAGAGGCACACGGUAAAGCGUAUUCCCCGAGCCAGAUUGGCGCAUUUGUUUUAAUGAAAAUGAAAGAGACUGCUGAAAACUAUCUGGGAACCAAGGUGAAUAACGCUGUCAUCACAGUGCCAGCUUAUUUUAACGACUCCCAGCGACAAGCUACUAAGGACGCCGGCCAGAUUGCUGGCCUGAACGUGCUGCGAGUUAUCAAUGAACCUACGGCUGCGGCCCUUGCUUAUGGUCUUGACAGAGUUGAAGAUAAGACGAUUGCCGUUUAUGAUCUGGGAGGAGGCACAUUCGAUAUUUCUCUGUUGGAAAUCCAGAAGGGUGUAUUUGAAGUGAAGUCCACAAAUGGCGACACUUUCCUAGGUGGUGAGGAUUUUGAUCAAGUCCUUCUGAAAUAUCUUGUGGAUGAAUUUAAGAAAGAGCAAGGGAUCGAUAUUACUAAAGACUCUAUGGCACUACAACGUGUAAGGGAAGCGGCCGAAAAGGCCAAGGUGGAACUCUCUUCAUCUCUGCAAACUGAUAUCAACUUGCCAUAUCUUACUAUGGACCAGACUGGUCCCAAGCACAUGAACAUGAAGCUCUCUCGUUCAAAAUUAGAGUCUCUAGUUGAUUCCUUGAUAAAGCGGACAAUUAGCCCGUGUGAGAAGGCAAUGAAGGAUGCGGGUGUCAAGGCUUCCGAUGUCGGCGAUGUGAUCCUUGUUGGAGGUAUGUCUCGAAUGCCCAAGGUGCAAGAAACUGUGAAGAAGAUUUUUGGUCGCACGCCUAGCAAGAACGUUAACCCCGACGAAGCGGUCGCGAUGGGCGCAGCCAUUCAGGGAGGUGUGUUGGCUGGUGAUGUUACUGAUGUGCUGCUUCUUGAUGUUACGCCUCUCUCACUUGGAAUUGAAACUCUGGGUGGUGUUUUCACUAAAUUGAUCAACCGCAAUACAACCAUUCCAACAAAGAAGUCUCAGGUAUUCUCUACCGCAGCCGAUGGACAAACCCAGGUGGAAAUCAAAGUUUUUCAAGGUGAGCGCGAGAUGGCAGCUGACAACAAAUUGCUCGGCCGUUUUUCUCUUGUUGGUAUCCCGCCGGCGCCCCGCGGCGUGCCUCAGAUCGAAGUCACUUUCGAUAUUGAUGCCAACGGAAUCGUGAAUGUUUCUGCUCGUGACAAGGGUACUGGAAAAGAGCAGCAGAUUGUGAUUCAGUCUAGUGGCGGUCUUAGCAAGGAUGAGAUCGAAAACAUGGUCCGUAAUGCCGAACAGUAUGCCGCAGCGGACAAGGAACGUCGUGACUUGGUUGAGGCUAUCAAUCACGCUGAGGGCAUCGCUCAUGACACGGAGACAAAGAUGGAAGAGUUCAAGGAACACUUGCCUCAGGAGGAGCGAGAUAAGCUCGCCAAAUUGAUUGCUGAUCUUCGUGAAACUCUUAGCAAUAAGGACAACCUAACGACCGAGUCGCUCAAGAAAGCCACUGAUGAUUUGCAGCAGUCGUCAUUGAAGCUGUUUGAAAUUGCGUAUAAGAAAAUGGCUGAAAGUCGCUCCUCGGGUAGUAGCGAAUCGAAGGAAAAGGACCAGGAGUAG